AUGUUUGGGAAAAAUUUUACUCUCAGACGCACUCCAGGUGAUGAACCUGUAGACUUAUGGAAUUAUUUUCACGGAGACGAGGCAAAAUUUGGAUUGUUAAUAGUAACUAACGUUGGUGUUGUAGACGAGUACAAUGUGAAUGUGGAACUCAAUCUUAGGCAUGGCUCUUGUGUGGGCCAGGUUUAUGAGGCACAAGUUAAAAUUAAACAGGACUUUCGGUUCACAUGGAUUCCUCUAAAGCUGACUAUUGGGUCUACAGCUAUGGCAAAUAUAAACGAUGAGUUACCUGAACAUAAGGGAGUAAUUAAGGUUGUAGUAUCACGGAAAGUAUGUAAACACAAGAUCAGUGAUGGAUCAAUAGGCGUUAAGGAACCCUUCAAGUCUAUAAUUGGCAAGAUGACCAACAAAGAGAAAUCUUCAGGAAACCAUUUGAUUAUCCACCAAAAUGUAAAUAUAUCACAUACGUUAAUUCUUAAAACAAAAGUUGUGCAUGAUGUUCACCUAUUGGUUAUGGAAAAUGUAUCUUCGCACACAUGUAUAAUUUCCAAGGUAAAAAGUGAUUUUGAAACGCUUUUAUCACGUUCUCUACAAUUGCUACCUACCGAGCGAUUUUCGUUGGUGUUGGAUGCGGAAAAAAUAAAGUCAAAUAUUUUGUGGGUCAAUUGGUCAUUAGAAACACCCAAUACACAAUCAUAUCGCCAAAAUAUUUGGUAUCCGACAGAAAUAGUGUCGAAGAAAUCUAAUAAUAAACUCCGCAUUGUAUGCUCCCAUGUAAAUUUCACAAACGGAUUAGCCACGCUGGAUAUCACGAUUUACAACAAUACAACUGAUGAAAUGGAUAUACAGUUAUACAUGGGGCAUAGUGACAGUUUGGUGGUGCUUCAGGAGAGCUAUUCAGUGGGAUUAAUUAAGGGUAGGACAGGGGGGAGUUGUAAAGUAGAGUAUAUAGUUGUGAGACGAGGGAUUCAGCAAUUACCAAACAUUAAGCUGGUGGAUAAGUUGAGUAAUAAGAGCUAUUUGCUUUCGGGGGUGAUUUUUCAGUUCUAA